GGCCUUUUUCAUCUGACUUCCGAGCUUGUCACUUGACAAGAUGUCGUCCGUCCCAUCAAUACCAGAGUUCUACGCAGGGCGCAGUAUCUUCAUCACAGGAGCCACUGGGUUUCUGGGUAAAAUCCUUGUAGAAAAACUGCUGCGAUCUUGUCCGGAUGUUAAAUGUGUUUACCUUCUCAUUAGACCUAAGAAAGGAAAGGAAACACAAGAAAGGCUAGAAGAAAUAUUAGAAUCCAAGCUCUUUGGGAAGGUAAAGGCUGAUAAUCCCGAUUUCAGGAGCAAAUGCAAGGCCAUAGAAGGUGAUAUUAUCAAAGAGGGACUUGGUAUUGAUCAGUCAGACCUUGACAUCCUGUCUAAGGAAGUGUCCGUUGUAUUCCACUCUGCUGCUACAAUCAAGUUUGAUGAAGAAAUGAAGUUGUCGGCGGAGAUGAAUGUAUCAGGCGUCAAGAGCAUGCUAGAGAUUUGUAAGAAACUGCCAAACCUCGCCUCCUUCACGCACAUAUCCACAGCGUAUGCCAACUGUGAUCAGGAAAAGAUAACGGAGGAUAUUUAUGACCCACCACUAAAACCCGAUCAACUGCUUAGUGCAUGCAGUUGGAUGGAUGCUGAGACAAUGAACACUCUGACCCCAAAGAUGAUUGGUUCCCGUCCCAACACUUACACAUACACCAAGUCUAUAGCCGAAUACCUCAUCAAACAAGAGGCUGGCUCCCUGCCUGUAGCCAUCUUCAGACCGUCCAUUGUGGGGGCUACGUACCAGGAGCCUUUCAGGGGAUGGGUGGACAAUGUAAAUGGACCGACCGGACUUCUCGCUGCAAUCGGUAAGGGUGUGUUGAGGAUCAUGAAGGGUGACCACGAUGCAACGGCCGACCUCAUUCCCGCGGACCUCGCCACAAACAUGCUGAUUGCUGUAGGAUGGUACACAGCUGUUCACAAGCCAGAUGAAAUCAAGGUAUUUAACUGCACAUCAGGGGGUAUCAACAAAAUGACAUGGGGCGAAAUGGAGAAAUUGUCGUUCGAUUGUCUGAUGAAGAAUCCGUUAGAGAAUGUUGCAAGAAUUCCCAACCCAAGGUUCACAAAGAGUGUAGUGUGGCAUGAUGCCAAUGUGCUGUUUGACCAUUUGCUGCCUGCCUAUGUAAUGGACCUGUACAUGUGGCUGUCCGGGAGACGCAGAAUGUUCGUUCGAAUCCAAGACAAAUUAAGGAAGGCAGUUGGAACUCUGGAGUUUUUCACAACACGGGAGUGGCAGUUCUCCUACGACAACAUGUACAUGCUUGAAGGGCUGUUGUCUGAGGAAGACAAGAAGAAUUUCAAGUUCAACCCGAAGUGCAUUCACUGGCCGACAUACAUGGAAGCCUACUGCCUUGGAACCAAGAGUUACGUGCUCAAGGAACAACUAUCCGAUCUGCCCAAUGCUAGAAAGGCUAUGGUCAGACUUCAGCGAUUGACGUUAGCCUUCCAGAUAGUUGUGUUUGUGAUCGUGUGGCGUCUGCUCGUUAAGCGUGUCGCAGUUGCACGCGUUCUCUGGAACAUGGUUCUUGGUUGGGUCUCAAAGUUGCUACAGAAAAUCCCGGGCUUCGCUCGAUCAACAUAAAUCCGUCGGAAAAUUAGAUACCUUGCAUAUCCUCGGAAUCAUGGAAACAAUCGAUUAAACAAAAACAUUUUUUAUAUGGAAGUAUUUUAAGUCUGUUAAAGAGAAGUUUUGAGAAGCAAUAAGCUAGAUAUAUUUUAGCUAAGCUGUUUUUACGGAAAAGUUGAGGUAAUGCACUAAUGUUGGUGUCAUAUUUGGUUGUUAUUAACAUUGACCAUAUCUAAUCAUUUGUUAAGAUAUGUUCAUAUACCUUCUCUUGCAUUGUAUUAUGUAAAACCAAGGGCAUUUUCAAAUACUUAUUAAUAUAUGAAACUCCCCACAAUUUCAUAUACGAUUGUUUCAUUUAUUGCAUGCCAUGCAAUUGUUUAAAAAUAACGGUGAUUUAUAUCUUGAUUAACUCACCAUUUAAAAGAGUGAGUUCAUCGAAACAUUAUUAAACUAUUUGUACUAAUUCUAUCGCGAUACAAGGUAAGAAAAAAAUCUAAUCCCACAGGGAAGAAAAAAUAAUUUUAAUUUCAGGUAUGACGUCAUUUUGCUUAAAUUUGGCGCAAUUUUACCAUUAAUGAUAAAUUAUUGCUGAAUUAUAAGGAUGAAAUAAAAGAAACUUUGUCUCAGUGUAAGAUUGCAAUUUAUUUUGUUUACACCAAAAAGUAACUAUUAAAAUAAAAUAAAUAUCAUGAUGUUCACUCCUUGAAAUAUUUUGCCAUCUUACAUUGAAACAGAAAUAGUAAUCCUCUUAUAUAAACAAUGACAAACAAAUAUGUUCAAUGAAGUUUGGAAAAUUAAGCAUAAUAUAUAUUGUAGAAGUAUAACCCACAUUACCACAGCUUACACGACACACUUACACGCUUGGUUGUCUGAAAAUCUUAAAUAAUGCACAGGCGUUUUUAAUAAAAUGAUACAAAGAUCAGUCAAUUAUAUCCAACUUGGAUAAGUAACCCACAUGUGUUGUUUUUUUGGCCAGUUUGCACAUUGAAAUGAUUUGAUUGGUUGAUAGUAACUAAUUUGAUUGGUUGAUAAUAAUUAUUCGAUAAAUUUUGACCAAUCAACAAACAUUCUGGUUCAUUUUGACCAACCCAGUGAAGUAUCUGGUUUAAAUGAUAUAAGCUGCAGAUGUCUGUUCAUAAUAUAUUUGUAUCUCUCUUAUAUUCCAUGUAUUAGUUAUAUUGCUGUAAAAUCUUUAUCUGUGAUAUAUGUUUUUAGUUUUAUACAUUUUUUUACAGGACUUGUACUUUUUUUCUAUUUUUAUUAGGUCUUUUUUGUUGAAUGUUUUCAUGUUGGUAGUCAUAUUAAAGAGUAGGUAUUGCUUAUUUUUAAUUAAAGUUUAAAUUUUUAAAGAACACAAGAACACGGAUAAACGUAGUAAAAAUAAUUUUAUUACAGCUUACAUAAUUUAUUAUGAUGAUUACUUAUCAUACAGUGGUAAAAAUUAGCACAAGCCCGAAAGCCCUGCAUUUGGUAAAAUGCUUUCCGGGCUUGCACAAAUUCUGGGUUUUAUACAGCAGGGCCUGUUAAAAAAUGUCAUGCCAAGCAGUAGUAUUUGAUUCCGGCUUGUUCAUCCAAAAGACUAAUUUUGAUGACUGCUUUUAUGGUAUGGAAGGAGAGUAAGUGGAAAUGAUUGAGAUUGUAGUUCAGGAAAAGACAAUUUGGACAGUUCGAGGCCUUUCUUGUUGACGUCUAAGUUCACACCAACCAUGUAGAUGUUGUCAAGAAUUGAUAUUGGAACAUUUAUUGUAUCUUUGAUUUCAUACUUGAUGAUUUUGAUAUUGUAAAGUUGAACAAACCUUGGAGUUGCUGUAUUACGUUCUUGAAUGUGCAAUUUUGUAAUUUCUACACAAAAUAAAUUUUCACACAGGC